AUGACUGCUACGCCAGCCAACGAGUUGGGCCACCACACUACACCAAGAAAUAAUUCAGCCCAGCCAAAGACUUUUACUGAUUAUACCACCCCUCUCUCAACGGAUGAAGAAAGCACCAACACCACCACCACCCAACCACCAGUAGCAAAGAAAAAGAAACCAUCGUCUACUACUAGCGCAAAUUUUUUAUCUACACUUACGAGUUUCGAUAUGGAGAAUAAUCAUGGCGAAUCGGAAUCACUGAUCAACUCACAUUCAAUCCAGAGUAUCUUUCAUGGCGAGAAAAAUGAAAAAAAGCUGCAAAAAGGUCUACUUGAUCAAAAAGUGUCUCAACUAUUAGAUAUACCCUUAAACACAGUAGAAGAUGAGUUACUGUGGCCAUAUAACGUCGAGAGCCUCAAUGGGUUGAUAAACUUACAAAUUGAGAAGGAGAAAACAAAACAAUGCGCAAUAAAGAAGGAAUUGGGUUCAACAGCAGUAACUUUAUUGAACUUGGUCAGGGAGUUGAACAUUGAUGGUGGGUUGAUUCCGUUCUUGUUUGUAUCAGAAACAAUGGAAACCCCGGAACUAAAGCAGCAGAUUGAUCGAAUACAAAAUAACCCAACACAAGUUCUUGCUGAAAUAGUAGAGAGAUCCCAAAGCCUAAAUCAAACUCCUUCUGGUACUAAAAGAAAAUACUCAGAUACCCAGCUUCCUUCUUUUUCAGAAACUACUCAAAAUAUUCAGUCAUCUAAUCUACUUAUUUCUCCAAAUAAACUGCCCAUUUUUGCACACAAACGAGUUGUUUCAGAUAGUACCAAUUCUAGUUGUUCCAAAUCAAAUAUAGGAACGAUUUCACCAUCAAACAAUGAUACAUUAUCCUCGACGUCAACAGCAGGAAUACCAGGUUCGCAUAGUAAAACGUGCUCCUCCUAUAAUCAUACCCAGCUGCAACAACAUCUGCCAACCACAUCAACCCUACAUGCAACAGCACCUACCCAAUAUCCCUUAUUUUAUACAACACCACAGCCAAUACCGCAACCUUCUUUACCCCAAACUCAGCAUUCACAUUCAGCUAAUAAAAGCAACAUGAACGAUGCAACUUCACCGAAAUACCAAAUCUUAUUGCUGCACAAUUAUGCACAAGGCGGUGUCAACUAUAUUCCGCAACCAUACCCUUACUAUGUUGCAUCAGCGGCAUCCAUAGCCAAUCACCAGUAUAUGGUUUCAGCUCCUGCUGUUGCUGCUCCAUCAACUCACCAUUCAGCAAUUCCUAGGCAACAAUACAAUGGCCAUCUGGCACUACAGCAACAGCAACAGCAACAGCGGCAACAACAACAACAGCAACAACAACUUCCCUCUCCCCAACAUAGGCAUCCCGUUCCAUCACACCAUUUCGAGUCUCCUGACUCUGCAAAGAAUGUUUUCAAAUCAGAAAAAGAUGAUACCGUUCCCGCAGCAAAGAAACCAAAAAAUAGCAAAGGUAGCGGCAGUAUCAAUUUCAUGAUCACUACCCCUAAAAACCCCCCAGCGAGGAAAUAUAAUAAUCCACAUAAAGAAAAAUAG